AUGCCCCAUAAUCUCCAGAUAGGGCGGAACCACCAAACCCGCACCCUGCGGCUGAACAACCUCUGCAGCCCUCUACUGUACCACUGCCACUGGAGGAACUCCCCGAGCCCCUUGUGGAACCACUGGCGGAAAAGAGCCAAUAACUGUGUCAGUAAACCUACCACCAAGUCAUCUCGACCCGGAGCCGGAGCACCGCCCCCACUCGGAACAGCCCCCGCUCCCAAACCAACACUGACAUCCACACUAGCUUCACUCGCCACGGAUACCGACUGGGUCACCGACGCAGUCGCCACACUCUCUCCCGAAUCCGCCGAAGUCCACAAUCUCGGCCCCGGCCUCCACGGCCUCUAG